AAACUAGUGCGGAGGGAGGGAGGGGCCGGGCCCUGGCCGCGGCGGGAGGAGGGGCGGCCGCAGCUGCAUCCAGCCCCGUUGGCUUCCUUCCCAGCUCUCUUUCGCCUCCUCCUCCUCUUCCUCCUGUAUGAGUCAGGCAUUUCCCGGGGAUUUGGAGCAGCCACGCGCGGCCCGGGCGCCCGGAGCUGUAGCAGCAGCGGCAGCCGCCACCGCGGCGGGCACCCGCGUCCCGGGCGCGCAGGGACCAUGGAGAGGGCGGCCCAGGGCGCAGACGGCGGCGGGGGCAGCAACAGCAGCAGCCGAAGCAGCAGCCGCGCCACCUCGGCGGGCUCCUCGCCCUCCUGCUCUCUGGCAGGUCGGGGGGUCUCUAGCCGAUCGGCGGCGGCCGGGCUGGGCGGCGGGGGCAGCCGCAGCAGCCCGGGCUCGGUGGCCGCUAGCCCGUCCGGGGGAGGCAGCCGCCGGCGGGAGCCGGCGCUCGAGGGCGUGCUCAGCAAAUACACCAACCUCCUCCAGGGCUGGCAGAACAGGUACUUUGUGCUGGAUUUUGAGGCUGGCAUCCUGCAGUAUUUUGUGAAUGAACAAAGCAAGCACCAGAAGCCUCGAGGAGCCCUGUCUCUAUCUGGAGCCAUAGUGUCCCUGAGCGAUGAGGCUCCCCACAUGAUGGUCGUGUACUCUGCUAAUGGAGAGAUGUAUAAACUGAGAGCUGCUGAUGCAAAAGAAAAGCAGUUCUGGGUGACUCAGCUUCGAGCUUGUGCCAAAUACCACAUGGAAACAAAUUCGAAGAGUACUCCAAGCUCCCGAAGCCGAAGUCUCACUUUGCUCCCCCAUGGAACACCCAAUUCUGCGUCUCCCUGUAGCCAGAGACACCUCAGUGCGGGGGCCCCCGGUGUUGUCACAAUCAUGCAUCACAAGUCGCCUGCAGCUGCCCGAAGAGCCAAGAGUCAGUAUUCCGGCCAACUUCAUGAAGUCAGAGAGAUGAUGAACCAGGUGGAAGGGCAGCAGAAGAACUUGGUGCAUGCCAUUGAGUCCCUGCCGGGCUCCGGUCCCCUCACUGCCUUGGACCAGGACCUGCUGCUCCUGAAAGCUACCUCUGCGGCCACCCUCAGCUGCCUCGGGGAGUGCCUCAACCUCUUACAGCAGAGCGUGCACCAGGUGGGCCCACCCAGCCACAGGCCGGGGCCCUCAGAGAACAUCCUGGGAUGGCACGGGCCCAAGUCACAUUCCACAGAGCAGCUGAAAAAUGGGACACUUGGCUCUUUGCCAUCAGCCAGUGCCAACAUAACCUGGGCCAUUUUACCAAACUCCACUGAAGACGAGCAAACCUUCCCACCUGAGCCAGAGCCAAACUCAGGCCCUGAAUUGGUUUCAUCCGAAGAUGAAAAAACUGACAAUGAAGAUAAGGAAGAGACAGAGUUGGGCGUCAUGGAAGAUCAUCGCAGUAUAAUUCUUCACCUCAUUUCACAGCUCAAACUUGGAAUGGAUUUGACCAAGGUGGUGCUUCCCACGUUCAUUCUGGAGAAGAGAUCCUUGCUGGAGAUGUAUGCAGACUUUAUGGCACACCCUGACCUCCUGCUGGCCAUCACUGCCGGGGCCACGCCAGAGGAGAGAGUCAUUUGCUUCGUGGAGUAUUAUCUCACAGCCUUCCAUGAGGGGCGCAAGGGGGCCUUGGCCAAGAAGCCCUACAACCCCAUCAUCGGGGAGACGUUUCACUGCUCCUGGGAAGUUCCCAAGGAUAAGGUCAAGCCAAAAAGGACUGCUCCCCCAUCUCCUACCAGUGAUCAUGAACAGCCAGUGACCGAUGACCCUUCCAAAAGCUACAAAUUGAGGUUUGUGGCUGAGCAAGUGUCCCAUCACCCACCCAUCUCCUGCUUCUACUGUGAGUGCAAGGAGAAGAGACUGUGUGUCAACACUCACGUAUGGACCAAAAGCAAGUUCAUGGGCAUGUCCGUGGGGGUCUCUAUGAUAGGGGAAGGUGUGCUGAGGCUCCUGGAACACGGAGAAGAGUACGUCUUCACCCUGCCCAGCGCCUACGCGCGGUCCAUCCUCACCAUCCCGUGGGUGGAGCUCGGAGGAAAGGUCAGCAUCAACUGCGCCAAGACCGGGUACUCGGCGACGGUGACGUUCCACACCAAGCCCUUCUACGGCGGGAAAGUGCACAGGGUCACAGCUGAAGUGAAGCACAACCCAACCAACACCAUUGUUUGUAAAGCCCACGGGGAGUGGAACGGUACCUUGGAGUUCACCUACAGCAAUGGGGAGACCAAAGUCAUCGACACAACUUCACUACCAGUGUACCCUAAGAAGAUCAGGCCUCUGGAGAAGCAGGGGCCCAUGGAGUCCAGGAACCUUUGGCAGGAGGUUACCCGGUAUCUGCGACUGGGGGACAUUGAUGCAGCCACAGAGCAGAAGCGGUGCCUGGAAGAGAAACAGCGGGUAGAGGAACGAAAACGGGAAAAUCUCCGCACACCAUGGCAGCCCAAAUAUUUUAUCCAGGAGGGCGAUGGCUGGGUAUACUUCAAUCCCCUCUGGAAGGCACACUGAUGGGCUGGAGGUGCAGAGCUUUCCUAAAUAGCCCUGUUUUUGUAGGAAUUAAAGUGGUACAGUACCAAGGUUCUGUUGGCAUUCACCGAGACCUCUUGCUAGCAAACAAGAAAUGGUUAAAAAAAAAAAAAAAUCUAUACUGUGAACCAUGCUCCCCCAAACUCUUGCUAAAGGAUUGAAUUUAUC